ACAGACCAUGUGCAGAAUGAGGAGAACUACGCUCAGGCCCUGGACAAGUUUGGCAGCAACUUCAUCAGCCGGGACAACCCUGACCUGGGCACGGCCUUCGUCAAGUUCUCCACCCUCACCAAGGAGCUGUCCACUCUCCUCAAGAACCUGUUGCAGAGCCUGAGCCAUAAUGUGAUCUUCACGCUGGACUCCCUACUGAAGGGGGACCUGAAGGGAGUGAAGGGGGAUUUGAAGAAGCCCUUUGACAAGGCAUGGAAGGACUAUGAAACCAAGUUUACCAAGAUUGAGAAGGAGAAACGGGAACACGCCAAGCAGCAUGGAAUGAUCCGGACUGAGAUCACUGGAGCCGAGAUCGCCGAGGAGAUGGAGAAGGAGCGCCGUCUCUUCCAGCUGCAGAUGUGUGAGUACCUGAUCAAAGUGAAUGAAAUCAAGACCAAGAAAGGGGUAGACCUCCUCCAGAAUCUGAUCAAGUACUACCACGCACAGUGCAAUUUCUUUCAGGAUGGCUUGAAAACUGCUGACAAGUUGAAGCAGUACAUUGAGAAGUUAGCUGCUGACCUCUACAAUAUAAAGCAGACCCAGGAUGAGGAGAAGAAACAGCUCACUGCUUUGAGAGACCUGCUGAAGUCCUCUCUGCAGCUUGAUCAGAAAGAGUCUAGGAGAGACUCCCAGAGCAAGCAGGGGGGCUACAGCAUGCACCAGCUACAAGGCAACAAAGAGUUUGGCUGCGAGAAGAAAGGCUAUCUCAUGAAGAAGAGCGAUGGGUUGCGGAAGGUGUGGCAGCGGAGACAGUGCUCGGUGAAGGGAGGCAUUCUCACCAUUUCCCAUGCCACUUCUAACAGGCAGCCUGUGAAGCUGAAUCUGCUCACAUGCCAGGUGAAGCCCAGUGCUGAAGACAGGAAGUGCUUUGACCUCAUCUCCCACAAUCGCACAUAUCACUUUCAGGCAGAGGAUGAGCAAGAGUUUGUAAUCUGGAUCUCCGUGCUCACCAACAGUAAGGAGGAGGCUCUGAACAUGGCGUUCCGGGGCGAGCAGACCACCGGAGGAGAGGACGGCCUGGAGGACCUGACCAAAGCCAUCAUCGACGACGUGCUGCGCACGCCCGGCAACGAGCUGUGCUGCGACUGUGGUGCUGCAGAUCCAAAGUGGCUGUCCACUAACCUGGGGAUCCUGACAUGCAUCGAGUGCUCAGGCAUCCACAGGGAGAUGGGCGUGCACAUCUCACGCAUCCAGUCCAUGGAGCUGGACAAGCUGGGCACCUCUGAACUCUUGCUGGCCAAAAACGUCGGAAACAGUAGUUUUAACGAGAUCAUGGAGGGGAACCUUCCGAGUCCGUCUCCAAAGCCCACCCCCUCCAGUGGCAUGACGGCACGGAAGGAGUACAUCAAUGCGAAGUACGUCGACCACAAGUUUGCCCGCAAGACCUGCAGCUCCGCAGCCGCCAAGAUGAACGAACUGUAUGAGGCCGUGCGGUCACGUGACCUCCUAUCCCUCAUCCAGGUGUACGCUGAAGGGGUGGAACUCAUGGAGCCCCUCCCAGACUCUGUGCAGGAGGCCGGUGAGACUGCACUACACUACUCUGUGCGGACAGCUGACCACACCUCUCUGCACCUGGUGGACUUCCUGGUCCAGAACAGUGGAAACCUGGACAAGCAGACAGAGAAGGGGAACACUGCUCUGCACUACUGCUGCAUGUACGAGAAACAUGAAUGCCUCAAGCUGCUGCUGAGGGGCAAGCCGGCCACUGAUAUCCCCAAUCAGAAUGGAGAGACAGCGCUGGAUGUUGCUAGGCGAUUGAGGAACCGCCAGUGUGAGGAGGCGCUGGUGCAAGCUGCUGCAGGGAAGUUUAACCAGCACGUACAUGUAGAAUAUGAUUGGAACUUGCGUCUGGAGGAGCUGGACGAGAGCGACGAUGACUUGGACUUCAAGCCGAGCCCCAUAAAGAAGGAUCGCUCUCCGCGGCCCCAGAGCUUCUGCCAUUCGUCCAGCCUGUCCCCCCACGACAAGCUCUCCCUGCCCAGCUUCCUGGGCCCGCGGGACAAGCAGCGGCUCUCCUACAGCGCCUUCACCAAUCAGAUGUACAGCGCUUCCACAGACACGCCCCCCUCCCCGGCACCCGACGCCCCGCCCCUGCCCCCCAGGAACGCAGGCAAAGCUACCCUCUCCACCCUCCCUGCCAACUCCACCCAGUCCCCUGGCGGGGGCAGCACCUCCACCCUGUCCAAGAAGAGACCUCCUCCCCCUCCCCCCGGGCACAAGCGCACCCUGUCUGACCCGCACACCCCUCUCUCCCACACACACCUGAGCAAAGGUGGGCAACCCCACGUGGAGCCCGCCGGACUGUCCCCCAGAGAAUCAGGAAGUGACUCUACACCACCACCUAUCAGCAAAAUGUCACCUAAUACAAACAAGUUUGAGGGUAUUCCACAGGAGCAAAGCACUACUUCUUGCAACACCAAGUCUACACUUGGCCCAAGGGUUCUUCCCAAACUACCUCAGAAAGUGGCUCUGCGAAAGAUUGACACCAUCCACCACCCAUCUGUGGACAAGACCAACCAGCCUCCUGAGGUCUUUCAAAAAUCCCCCGAGGUGUUCCAGAAGUCUUCUGAGGCGUUCCAGAAGUCUUCUGAGGUGUUCCAGAGGUCACCGGAAGUGUUCCAGAAGUCACCGGAAGUGUUCCAGAAGUCUCCAGAAGUGUUCCAGAAGUCUCCAGAAGUGUUCCAGAAGUCUCCAGAAGUGUUCCAGAAAUCUCCAGAAGUGUUCCAGAAAUCACCACAGGCGCCCGAGCCAUCCCACAGGUCCAUGUUACCUGACAAGCCCCAGCUGAGCGACCUCCCACCCAAGCCACAGCCGUCUGACCUUCCUCCGAAGCCUGGGGAGCUGCCCCCCAAGCCACAGCUAUCUGACUUGCCUCCCAAGCCCAACAUAGGAGAUCUGCCCCCCAAGCCCCAGCUGAAGGAUCUGCCUCCCAAACCCCAGCUUGGGGAUAACUCCUCGAGGCCAGGACCCAUGGAGCACACCCACAAACCACCCCCCGGGGAGAGAGCCCCUAAACUGCAGCCCCCUGACGUGCCAGCGGCUAAUCAGCAUGGAGAGACAUCUCCGCACCCUACCCAGCCCUCCAGUGAGGACACCAAUGGAAGCCCAGUGUCCGCUCCAGAGACGCCGGUCCCCUUACCGAGAAAGAUCAGUGUGCAGGCAAAGGCAAAGACUCGGCGGGUCAAGACCAUCUAUGACUGCCAAGCAGAUAACGAAGAUGAGCUGACCUUUGUGGAGGGUGAGGUCAUUAUAGUGACUGGAGAGGAGGACCAGGAGUGGUGGAUCGGGCACAUUGAAGGGCACCCGGAGAGGAAGGGAGUGUUUCCCAUGUCCUUCGUCCACAUCCUGUCUGACUGACACCCAGACGAUGUGAAUGACCACCCCUGAGUACCCCCCUCCCGCCCCGCUCCAGACCCGGGUCUCUCCACCCCACACUAGGGUCGCCGAGAGCAACACUGUAAAUAGCUGCUGAAGCGAGCAUCAAGAUCAAACCCAUAUGGAGCACUCGGAGAUAAUAAACCCAGGACACUCCGCCCUCAGUUCGCUCCCACUCACAAAUCGAAGAAACUAACCCCCCAACCCUGUACAAGACAAGGAGCCCAUGCUGCAUCUCCAGUACUGGAGAUCUGGUGUGUGUGUACAUGUAGUCUAUGGAUGAAGCUUGUCUGCUAACGAACGGUAUU